CGAAUUUGCUGCAAUCAUUGUUACACCUUUAUAACCUUUCUCUUCAGAUUAGAUCAGAUCUACAACAUCUCGUUUUGCAGAUCCACCAUGGAUUUCAUGAAGGUCUUAGAUCAAACCGUUCGAGAAAUAAAGAGAGAGGUGAAUCUGAAGGUGCUCAAGGUUCCUGAAAUCGAACAGAAGGUGUUGGAUGCAACUGAUAAUGAACCUUGGGGUCCUCAUGGUUCUGCACUGGCUGAGAUCGCACAGGCUACCAAAAAAUUUACUGAAUGUCAAAUGGUCAUGAAUGCCCUUUGGACAAGACUGAGUGAAACUGGAAAGGAUUGGCGUUAUGUAUACAAGGCGUUAGCUGUUAUAGAGUAUUUGGUAGCACAUGGAUCUGAACGUGCAGUUGAUGACAUUAUAGAACAUACUUUUCAGAUCUCAGCACUUUCUAGUUUUGAAUAUGUUGAGCCUAAUGGGAAGGAUGUGGGACUCAAUGUGAGGAAGAAGGCAGAAAACAUUGUGGCCCUUUUGAAUGAUAAAGAUAAGAUACAAGAAGCCAGAAAUAAAGCUGCUACAAACCGUGACAAGUACGUUGGAGUUUCUUCUAGUGGAAUCACCUACAAGUCUGGGUCAGCAUCAUAUAGUAGUGGUGGCUUCUAUCAGAGCAAUGAUAAAUAUGGAGGCUUUGGUUCAAGAGAUGGUGAUAAGUUUAGUGAUAGCUAUAGAGACAAGGGGCACUACGAAGAAGAAAAAGUUGAGAAAGAUUACCCUGGGAAAUCACGCCAUGGAAUCACAAGUGACAAUCAAGAAAACUCCUUCAAGAAGGGUUCUACACGCUCCGUCAGCAAAAGUCAGGAGAACAUGUCAUCUAGAGUAUCAAAGUCAUCUACUAAUGCAAAAGCCUAUGAUAAUUAUAAUUCAGUUCCUUCUCAAAGUUCAAGUGUACCUGCAAACAAUACCGACGAUGACUUCGAUGAUUUUGAUCCAAGAGGAACUUCUACUAAGACUUCAGCUGGAAUCUCUAACCAGGUCGAUCUCUUUGGACAAGACUUAAUCAGUGACCUCAUGGAUGCUCCUACAUCUGUUUCUGUAGAAAAGCCAGCAACGAGUAAUGUGCCAGAGGUUGAUCUCUUUGCAGACGCGGCAUUUGUCUCAGCAGCACCUCAUGCGGACAAAGGAGCUAGUUCUCAACCACAGAAUGAAGUGGAUCUAUUUUCUUCGCAACCAGCUAUUCCUUCAGUUACACCAACAGUUGACCUGUUUUCCAUUCCUGAACCAGUUUUGCAGCCAGAGAGCAAGUCAGAAAAUUCUGGUCCUAUGAAUAAUAGCACUAUUGAUCCCUUUGCUGCUGUUCCUCUUAAUAAUUUUGAUGGAUCUGAUAUUUUUGGUGAUUUUACUUCUCAAUCUGAUUCUGUAUCUUCACAGCCCUCAAAUAAUGCCGUCAGUGAUGGCAGCCAUGAUAUGAAUGGUAAAUCUUUAGCGGACUCUAAUGUUACACCUAAAAAGGAUACUUUCCAGGUGAAGUCUGGCAUUUGGGCUGAUUCACUAAGCCGUGGAUUGAUUGAUCUCAAUAUAUCUGCUCCCAAAAAAGUAUCCCUUGUGGAUGUGGGAGUUGUGGGUGGAUUGAGUGAUGGAUCAGAUGAAAGGGAGAAAGGCCCUGCACCGUCAUUUUACAUGGGCAGAGCUAUGGGUUCAGGAUCUGGUCUUGGUAUGUCUGGAUUCACUCCUUCACAUCCAGCAACUGGGGACGACAUAUUCUCUAACCUUGGCAGCCAACAAUAUCAAUUUGGUGGGUUCCAGAAGUAAAAUUCUCAGAUUUUAUACUCAUCCUAUUACAUUUUCACUCAUUCUUUGUGGGUCGGCAUUGUCGAGACUGUUGAGCUCUUUGGCGUGGUGGAUCUUGUUUAUAUAUAUAUAUAUAUAUAUAUAUAUUUCUCACACUACUGUGAUUUUAUUAUUUCAAAAGUAACUCACAAUUGCGUCUAAACGCUGUUUACGUCUGAUCGAUUGCAACAUCGUGCAGACUGCAGGCCCCAAACUUUGGGUGGCACUGCGUUGAGUUGUAAAAUACCCCUUUUCUCCUUUAAUGUUGCUGGUGAAAUGUUAUCAUUACUUAUAGAUCAACCUGUCAAAGCUUUUUUUUAGUUUUUUCUUGUUUGUUCCGUGGUGCCAAACUUC